AUGAAGAGGUUUUUCGACUCUGCAGGGAGAGUAAAAUCUUUUUCUCAUCACGAAUAUUUAUUAUCUUUAUUUAUUAGUAGCCUUCUCUUGAUGAUGUUGUUGUUUAGUACUACUACCAUCAAUGCAACAUCUUCAGAUAACAACUUGGCUCCUACAUACAAAUUGGAAACCAUCGCUGGAGGUAAUCUUGGUGAUGGCUAUAAUGGACUUGAUACACCAAUCGGUCAUCCACACGCUAUUGCAUUCUAUCCUAGAACAAUUCCUACACCUCUUGUAAAUUUGGUAGAAGAUGAAAGACCUCAAGAUUUGAUCAUUAUUGACAGAGCAAAUAAUUUAAUCAGAAAAUUAACUUAUAAUUGGACUGGUGUUAUUGUUGAUCCUGAACAAGAAGUUUUCGAUAACAUUCCUACUGUUGUAUCAACCAUUGCUGGUGUUGCAGCAUCAGGUUCAUCAUCUAAUGAAAACACUGAUGGCCUUCCAGCUAAUACUGUCAAGUUGACCAAUCCAAACACAGUCACAGUUUCGUUAAUGACUGUCGUUCCAACAUCUGUAUUAGCAAGACAUAGUGUCGCCUUGUCCAGAAUUGCUUGUGCAUAUUACGAUAAGACCACUGAUUCUUGGAAGACUGACAGAGUUACAACCACCAUUUUGAGUUCACAACAAGGAGCAACAGCAAGCACUUAUUCAGUUGUAUGCUCAACUACUCAUUGGCCUUCAUCUUUUGCCCUUAUUGCUCAACCAAUAACUCCACCAACAUCUAGCAGUGGUAAGACUCCUCAACCAACUCCAUCUCCAAACAAACCAACUCCAUCCCCAAACAAACCAAGCACAUCAAGCAAUAAGCCAACAUCAAGUAGUGCUGGAACAAUUAUCACAGAAAAGGGUGACAAAUCAUAUAUCGUUGUUCUUGUAGGAUUUAUUUUGAUGAUAAUUAUUGCAAUUGUCAUUGGUGUUGGAUAUUACAUUUACAAGAAGAAACAAGGACAAACCGCUCCACAAAAUCAAAAUGAUGGAAAUGGAAAUUACGCAACACUCGCUGAAGAACCUUAAGAGAUUUAUAAAUUUCUAUUUUACAAU